AUGCAGCUCAGCAACCCCUCACUUGUGGCCGUUGCCACCGGUAUCGUUGGUUCGGCAUGGGCAUCUGGAGCCAUUGCCUCGGCUACAUUUAUGGGUGCUUCUGCUGCGGCGGCUGUCCCUGAGACUGCUGCUAGAACUUGGCUAGAACUGUACUCCCGCGGUGCUAAUAUCAUGCCCAAGGUUGCUGCUGUGACCUCGCUUUUCCUUAGCUACUCUGCUUAUGAAGCACGAAGACAAUCUGGAAAAUGGAAGGGCUAUGUGCUGGCUGUGGUGUCGGUCAUGGCCAUCGUACCCUGGACUCUGAUUGCCAUGAAGCGAACGAACGCAUCGCUUACAACCCAGGCUCAGGCUGGCCCUGCUGCUAACAAGGAAAAGGUUACAGCCUUAAUACGAAAGUGGAAUGCUUUGAAUUUGGUUCGCAGUAGUUUCCCACUACUUGGAACAGUAUUUGCGCUGCGCACGUUCUUGAGUAAUGUUAUCGUCGUCUAA